AUGUCUUCCUUUUUCUAUUCGACGACAUAUGCUAGGAAGGAGUACUAUCCGAUACCGGAGACACUCGACGCAGACCUCGUUCUCGGUAUUUUACAUGACCAUUGCACUGUGGCACAUAUACUGUGGACGCCGGGUUUAGUGAAGGCGGCAGAGGAAAUCCAAGCGUCCCCUCGCGCGACCAAGUUCGACAUAAGGUCUGAGACUGGGAGACUCCAAUCUUCUUUGACCACAGAAUCUGAUGGACUCGUGUGCAAGGAGGAGAUGCCCCUAGGGUUCCAAAUCACUGUCAAAUACCGGGUUGUUCAUGGACAGACCACCGCCGGCCAGAACGAAGGCAAGGCUGAUGAUAUAUUGAACACCGUUCAACCUUCCAGUGUCAUAAACAAUAGUAGUAAUAUGGCUACUUCUAUUUCGAUGUUGGAUCCCUCCCGAUUAUAUUUAGAAGAGGAAAGAUCUAUUACUGCAUUAAAACCCAUCUCGAAACUGCUGAAAUAUAAGGAAGGUCCGACUGUGAAAACACAAAACCUGCUUCGAGCGUUUGAGGACUUGGCUCGGAAUACAGGGGAUAUGGCUUCCGCCCUAAACAGACUAAAAGACUCGGUUACAGCAAAAAGUACACCGGGCUUGGGGAAAACUAAGGAAGACUAA